AUGCAAACAUUACUCGGUGUACUAUGCAUCUUGUUUUCGAUUCGAUUCAUUGAUAAUACUCAAUGUCAACGAAAUGCUCAAAUUGUCGGUCCGUGUGGAUGUUGUCCGAUCAUAGGUGGUGUCUGCAUAUCGUAUGAAGGAAUUGAUGGCCUCGCAGCCUUGUGGCACGUGUGUGUUCCGGCUCAUUUGAAGGAAACAUUCACAUUGGAUCAAUGUAUGCCGAAAAUCUUACCCUCAAAUAAUUUUACACGUUUAUGUCGAACGGCAAAUGAAACAUUUCGUAUAUUUCCUCAGUGUGCAACAAAACAAACAUGUCUUCUGCCAAAACCAUCACGACCGUAUAAAUUCGAAUGUCACACACCGAUGGCUGUGAAGGGUUCAUGUAAACGAUCGAUAAAACGUUUUACUUACGAUGCUAAUCAUCGGCAAUGUGUGCCAUUUACGUAUUCAGGCUGUGGCGGAUCAACGAAUCGGUUUUUUAGGCAAAAGCAAUGUGAGAAACUGUGUCUAAAGCCAACAUGA